CAAGCAUUUCGCUACACUCGCAUUAACAUCUGCUAACCAUGUGUAUGUGACAAAUAAAAUUUGAUUUGAUUUGAAGUGAACUCUGUCAAGAGAAAAUCACCAUAGGACAGGAAUAUUUUUUUUAAACUAAGAAGGCAGAGGUAAAUUACCUCCCACCCCACCCUGCUGGAGAAACAGAUGAGACUCUGGAGAGGGAGUGAGUGGAGCUACUGGGAGAAGUACAAAUAUGUGACAACUACAACAUUGUGAGUGCCAAAAUGUCGUUCAGGCCCUUCCUGUGAAGGACUUCAAAGAAAGAUGGCCAGCCCUGUUUGAGCUCACUCAGCAUGUGAUGAACUUGUUCACUGGGAAGGAUCUGCACCAGAAAAUAACACAUGGGAUCUGCAUCAAAGGAGCAGAGUUCCUGGCAGCAAUGCUCAGGAGCCUCAGGACUGUCAGGAGCCUCGGGACUGUCAGGAGCCUCGGGACUGUCAGGAGCCUCAGGACUGUCAGGAGCCUCAAGACUGUCAGGAGCCUCAGGACCCGGAUGAUUCACAAAGAAUCAAACAGAACAGAAAAAGGAUGAUCAUUACAGGAGCAGCAGCAACAGUGGGAGCAGCUGCGGCAGUGGUGGGGGCACCAGUUGCCCUGGGAGUGGCAGGUUUGACUACUGUUGGGGUUGCUGCUGGAGCAACUGCAGGGGGCGCCGCAAUAGGAACAGGUACAAUUGCUGCAGCAGCAACAGCAACAGUGGGAGCAGUUGCGGCAGUGGCAAUGGCACCAGUUGUCCUAGGAGCGAUAGGAUUCACUGCUGGUGGGAUUGCUGCUGGAUCAUAUGCAGCAAGCAUGAUGUCUGCAGCGGCCGUGGUAAAUGGAGGUGGGAUAGCAGCCGGGGGUCUUGUUGCUGUUCUACAAUCAGCAGGUGCUGCAGGGCUUUCAGGAGUGGCUACAGCGGCGGUGGGGGGUGUUGCAGCUGCAGUUAGUGGAGCCGUGGGAUGGGUGGCCGCAGGAGCAGGGUUCUCAGGAGCGGCAGCAGCUACUACAGCAGCUACGGCAGGUGCUGCAGGGCUCUCUGCAACAGCUACAGCAGCCGUGGGAGGUGUUGGAGCAGCAGUUGGGGGAACAGCAGGAUGGCUGGCCUCAAGGACUAGGACACCUGAAGAGGAAGAAGAGACAGGAGCAGCUACAGCAGCUGCUGCAGGAGGUGCUGCAGGGCUUUCAGGAGAGGCUACAGAGGCUGUGGGAGGUGUUAGAGCAGCAGUUGGUGGAGCGUCUAAAAGGGAGGGAGGAGUCGAGGAGAGAGAGCUUUCAGGAGCGACUACAGCAGCUGCAGAAGGUGCUGCAGGGCUUUCAGGAGUGGCUACAGCGGCUGUGGGUGGUGUUAGAACAACAGUUGGUGGAGCGGCGGGAUGGCUGUUCUCAAGAAUCAGGACGUCUAAAAAGGAGGGAGGAGAGUAAAGAGGGAAGAGAGAGGAUGAGAAGAGGGCCCUUUACAUAAAAACUGAUUGAUGUUAUGAAUGUUUUUUUUGUUGCUCCUUAAUAUAUUUUUUUCAUUGUUCAUGUUUAUUUCAGAUUUUUUAGUUUAUUUUAGUAAAUAUUUUCUUUAUAAAAAAACAUGAGCAGGUGCACACCCAGAGUAAUAGUUUGUGUGGAGGUGCUGACUAACGGCGAAUAAACUAUAAACUAUCAAAAUAAAGUUGCACUCUCCAUGUAUAAACUCCCAGCAAUUUAAUUGGUAUUUACCAACGUUUUGGCAUCACUGUGCCUUCCUCAGUGUCUGAGUUUAUAGUAAAUGUUUUCUCAACACUGUUUUUUCUUGGUUAAAAACUUCUUAGAUUUAUUUUUUAAGGGCUUGUAAGUAAGCAUUUCACUGUAAGGUCUACCCACACCUGUUGUAUUUGGUGCAUGUGACAAAUAACACUUGAUUUGCAUGAUUUCAUAAUGGUGUUAUGAGUGCAUAUGUAAACCCCCUUUUGGUGUUGCCAAAACACAUACGGGUAUAUACCCACUCAACAUGUAUUGCAAACAGAUGCAUGCACAUCCACUCAGAGGAACACUUAUGCAUGUGACAAAAUAAUUAACACACAUACUUUCAAAAUAGAAGUCUAUUGUAUAAUGGAAACAUGUUUUUUUAGUUGUCACCAUAUCCAGCCCUUUGACACACCAAACACAUAACAGGUGUGUAAUGCGCUUUGCAGGUGUGGUUCCCUUGUACAUGCUGAAUAAAUGUAAUCCAACCACAGAAAACCCUCCUACUUCCUGGCGAACAGAUUUUCCGGUGGAGUUUCAUUCAAAGUAGUUUUCAGUACAUUUAUUUCUAAAGACAUUCCUUCAAAUUUGGUGUAAAGUACCUUUUAAGUUGAAUUUUCUCAACAGACUCACUAGAAUAUAUGGAGAGAAUGUUCAGAAUAUUAGAGAUCAAUGAAAGAAAGUAAUUUAAAUACGUGCAUAUUCGUCUCAUUUCAGCACUAAUUAAAAAAUACUCUGAUCUUGUAUAUUAUUUAGGGUUCAAAAAGAAUUUAUGAAUAAAAAAACAGGUUUGGAAAGCCUUUACUUAGAGAAUAUAUUGAUGAAUCAAAAAUACGGUGGUUUGAUUCAUCCUGAAAGUUGACAUAUUCAAUUGGUCAAUUCAUGAAAUAUUGGAAGGUGAGAAAAGUGUACAAUAGGGGUUGAACAGUAGUCCUAUAAAUCUACCCUAUCAAUCGUCACUAAUCACGGAUGACAACGAUCCAGUAGUGAACCGUGCGCCAGACUCAAGGUUUAAACUGCUAGGUAUGGUCAAGAUUCAAAUACGCCACAUGCCCUUAAUUAUUGCACAACAUGUAAUACGUUAGCGUAAUAUGAUUCACUAUUGCUAGCAAUCCUAAGGAACAACCACACAAACGUGACAGAGGAAAGAAAUAACAAUGGAAUGGAAUUAUGAGUGGCGUCAUUAGGCCUAGGUUUCCUAGGUUUCCUCUUUCCAAGAGGUUUUUGUUCCAGAAAGAAAUGAUGUUUUUCUGACUGAACCACAUAUCUUUUGACAGUAACGCAGUGUCCCGCUUUGGACUGAAGCUGAACCUUACAACAUUAUAUUUAACCCUGUUUAAAAUUAGCAAUGUUGAGGUGGUAGAACUGACCAAACGAAAUGAAUCGUAGACAUAAUAUAACCUAUUCCAUUCUACAGAUUAACAUGCUUGGCUUAUGUCUGUUAUUUCCAUAUAGGCUAUGUAAAUAUUUGUUUAAAAAAAUAAUAAUAAAAAGUGAAUUUAUUUCAUUGA